AUGGCAUCCUCCACUUUCUUCUUCUUCUUCUUCUUCUUCCUCCUAUUCGCUGCCGCCGCUGCCUCCUCCAAUCCCAACGGCUACAUGCACCUGCGCUUCUACAACCAUGAGAGGAUCCUCGGCUCAGGCCCCGACGCCACCGUCGUCUACGCAGUGGAGCGCACCAGCUCCACCUCCGGCGCCGGAUUCGGCAACGUCAUCGUCUACGACAACCUUCUCCGAGCCGGGGUCGAGGCCGACUCGCCUAUUAUCGGUCGGAAUCAGGGAAUGGGAGUCGGGUCGAGCUUGGCAGAGAACUCCGGCCUCACUAACUUCCAGCUGGUGUUCACAGCCGGCAAGUACAACGGCAGCUCCCUCUCCCUGCAGGGGUUGUUCCCUGUGGCCCCGCUGGGGACGGUGUUCGAACGGGCAAUCACCGGCGGCACCGGAAAGUUCCGGCUGGCCAGAGGCUACUUGUUGACCACGGAAGUUCAUGCCACCAACACAACCCUCACCGGACAACUCGACGCUUAUAUCGCCUUUCGCUAA